AUGCGGCUAGGCAAUGCUGUAAUUGCUCUCUUGCUCAUUUCCAUAAUAUCUAAGUUAACAGAAGGAAAAUCUAUACUCGAAGGAGUUCAGAACAAUUACACAACUGGCUUAUUAACAUCACCAUGGCUGAAGAAAGCAAUGAAUCAUGGCCCACGGCCACGCCCCCUGGCUGCUGGAGCAUGCCGUGGACAUGUAGAGAGGGACUACAUCCACCUCCAGCUCGAAUGCGGUGUUGUAGAAACCGAUGUGUUGAUGUCUCUUCGGAUAUGCCCGUUUACUUGGCGUUGUUGCCGCGGAUUCUGCGUUAAUGUAAAUGGCAGCCCAUUUAAUUGUGGCCGAUGCGGAAAUAGAUGCCCCUGGAGGGUCCGGUGUGUUUAUGGGAUGUGUGGAUAUGCUCAGCCAUUUCCUCCACAUCCAUUCCCUGGCCCACCUAUGCCUCAUCCUCCUUUUCCUUUUCCUCCUAGACCACCAAAGCCAUGGCCACCUCACCCACCAACCCAUCCCGGGGAAGAUCAACCACCUUCGAUCAAGAAACUUAAUUGA